GGGGCGGAGCGCCUCGCUCGUCCUGGGGGGACUCGAGGGCGCCUCCGAGCACGGCCGCCGGCCGCCCCCUCCCCACACCGCCCUCUGCCUGCAGCCGCGGAGGCCUUUCGGGCGGGGCAGCCGCGGAGUUGGGGCGCAGCCCGAGCCUUCCCUUCCCCCCAGGUUCGCCACGUGCCGCCCUGGAGAGCCCCCCCUCCACCCAACGCCCCCCUCCCGCGGCCCGACAGCGGGGGGGGGGUCCCGGCGUGGCCCUCCCAUGGCCCCCUGCUGAUCCACGCCGCAGGGCCUCUGCUUGCGCGGGGGGGGAGGGGGAGACUUUGCACUCCGGGUCGGGCGGGAGCCAACGGGCCCUGCAGAUGGCCUGCAGGCGGCGCAUUCCCCAAGUGCGCGCUCGCCCCGCCCGCCCGCCAGGGCUGCGAACCUGGGAGCUGCCGGGACGUUUCGUGUCCAUGGGGGGGGGGGGGGGCACAGGCCGGGCGCGCAGUCCGCUUCCUGAGCCCACUGGGGCGGGGGGGCGGGGGCGGGCGUGUCCUUGUGGGGCUUUUCCGUGGACCUGGAAUGAGGUUCCGCGGGCUGCGCUGCGUUGCCCGGCUGCUCCUGCUGCCGGAUCCGGGCUGCGCGGGGGCGGGGUAUCUACGUCACCCGGCGGAGUAGGGGCCGCCCCUCCAGGCCUGCUGUUGCCGAUUGGCCCGGCGCGGCCCUGGCCGGGAACGCCCGGUUCCGAGGGCCGGCCCCCAUUGGCCACGGCGGCCACGUCACACCCAACGAGCCUGCCGGGCGCCAAAUUCAAAACGCUGGGGCAGCGGGGCGGGCGGGCAGGCGGGCGGGGAGUGGCUUUCCGCGGGCGGCGGGGGCGCGCCGGUAAGUAGGGCCGGGCAGUCCCGCCGGCGGCUCCAGGGUCUCCUCUCUCCCGGCCGGGUCGACCGGCAGCCUGACCCCCGCCCACCCCGGGUCUCUCCCUCCCUCCCGCCGGCGCAGCGGAGCCCCUCCCGCCCCCCUCCAGGCUGCGCGCGCGAAGGGAGCCGGCUGGCACCUCUGCUCCUGGCCGGCCGCCGCCGCCGCCUCCUCUCCCGGAGCGGCUGGGGCAGAGCGCGGCCGGAAACCCCGCAGAAGCCCCGGAGGCCGGCCAGCCGGCCGGCCAGCAGGCGCAGAAGGAAGAAGGCGGACGGAGGUAGGGGCCGGCGGUCUUCGCUCAAGUGUGGCGCGUGGCUCCAGUUCUGCUCGGACAGCACGAAAGCAUUUGCAAUUUAUAAACUUCCUAAAAAUGUCAGAGGUGGCGAUUCUGUGCACUACGCGACGAAUUAGUUAAAGCUGGAAAAUCGGCGGAGGAGUUUUAGAACAGGAAGCAGGGCGCGUAUUUCCGCCCCCCCCCCCCCCCCGGAUUUUCACUGGGUCUGUUCAUGUGUCUUCAAUGGAGGUCGAAUACACUGGCCAAGGAUGAAGAGCAACCCUCAUAGGCCCUUGAUACUCAAGAGACGGAAACCGCCUCUCUUGCCUGGAGAUCCAUCUACUGCUCUAGCCAGAGAGGACUCUGAUGGACAGGGCAAUGGGUCCCUUAGCCACCAGCAUGCAAGGACCAGGGAGCACAGCCUGAGCAGCAAGACACCUGGAACCCAGAAGUUCCCUUCUGGAGAUAAGAUAAGGAGCCAUCCUACAGUGUCAGACACUCAAGCACUGGCCAUCUCUGCAGGGACAGAUGCCCAAACUAUCAUGGAAGCGCUGGCAGCCAAUGAAAACAAAGGUGGUAGCUCCAGGCCUAACAAAUGUAUAUUUAUCAGUAGUGGUAGCAACACUCCUGCUGUGGGAGCAAGAGACGUUCCCCAGCUAUUACGAUCGGAAGACAAGCCCAACUCUCCCUGCCGCAAAGUCCAGGAAGAAGAGGAUGCGGGAUCAAGCUCUGGGGCAAUGAAAGGAACAGCAGUUUGGGCCUUGGAAUCGCAAUCUAUGGAGCGACAAGAACAGACUGGAAACCGCAGUGGGGAAGCUCCAAGCUUGGACAACAGCCUGACCAACAUCCAGUGGCUGGGCAGCAUGAGCUCCAAUGACCUGAGCCCCUGUAGUGUGAAAAAGGAAAUGGAGAAGGAGAACCAGACCCCCCGCCAGGAAGGAGCUGUUGAGCCAAUCGAGGAAGGUCCCGGGCCUUCCUCCUCUACUGCUUCGUGGCCGAAGUCCUUCACUGAGCGACCCCCUUAUUCCUACAUGGCCAUGAUCCAGUUUGCUAUCAACAGCACUGAGAGGAAGCGCAUGACACUGAAAGACAUCUACUCCUGGAUUGAGGACCAUUUCCCUUACUUUAAGCAUGUGGCAAAACCAGGCUGGAAGAACUCCAUUCGGCACAAUCUUUCUCUUCAUGACAUGUUUGUUCGGGAGACACCCGCCAACAGCAAAAUCUCCUUCUGGACCAUUCACCCUGAAGCAAACCGCUACCUUACGCUGGACCAGGUGUUUAAGCAGCAAAAGCGGCACACUCCAGGCCUGCAAGGGAACCUUGGUGGCGAAGGCGGGGACAAGACUGACCCACAGCCUGCACGCCACAAAAUGAAGCUGUUGCUGCCCCGUGUCAAUUCCUACCUGGUGCCAGUCCAGUUUCCCCUGAGCCAGGCUCUCGUCACUCUGCCUGUGCCCCAGAGCACGUCUGAACUUGUGCCAAGCUGCAAGCGGGUACGAAUUGCUCCAAAGGUGUUGCCAACUAGUGUGAAGCCAACUUUACUCUCACCUGAAAUUUCCAUAAAAGAGGAGGUUUGUUGUGAGGAAGAAUCAUCUUCAUUUGCUUCCCUUCAGUCCACAAAGGAGGACACCUGUCAGAUCAACAAGGAACUGUUCCCCGCAUCCUGGUCCAUAAAAGAGGAAAGGGACAAAGCGAUGACUCCAUCCCAAUCAGUGUUGCCUGUGGAAGAGCCGCCCACGCCGUGGGAGGAAGAGCCAGAACAGCAGAUGCGGCUGCUGGCAGCUCUCAAGCAGCCAUCCCAGGAGACGCUUGACCCAAAGAGGGACGGAUUUCAGGAGAUGAGCCGAUCCAGAAGGAAGCAGCACUUGGUCCAGCCUCACCAGGAAGAGCCAGUCCUGCUGCUGCCACCGCCGCCACCAUCCAGGAGUGGUUCAGAGUCCUUCAUUCUGCAACACAGUUUUCCCUCUGGGCCAGAAGGUCAUCCUCCAGAGAACAUAUCCCAGGGAGCGUGUGGCCCAUUUAAAACUCCAAUCAAGGAGAUGCUUUGCCAGCUGCCAGCUUCUUCCACCCCUUCUAAAAUGCCCACUGCCACCCCUUCCCGGAUAGUUACUGAUCCCUGGAGACUGGUGCCCUUAGUCAAGGAAACUAGUGCACAAGAUUGUGGCCCCAGUAGAACCCCUCCAAUGCCAUUACUGGCUCUCCAGCAGAAUUUAGACCUGGGGCCAUCCAUGUUUGAUUCCCCUCAGCCACUGCUACUAAAUACAGAAGCUAAUGAUGUGGUCUUGGGACAGUUGAUAAGCUCUCCUGCAUCCAGCAACCCAUCACCUCCAGAGCUUCAAGCCUCUGUCCUCUCUGAAAACUGUUCGCUCCAAGAGGGCCUAUUUCUGGACACCAUGAAUGAGAGUCUGAGCAAAAUCCUGCUUGAUGCCAGUUUCCCUGGCUUUGAUGAGGACAGUCUGGCCACUGACCUCAGCUGGUCAGGUUCAUUCCUAGUCUGAAAUAAUCAAAUGCAGCUCAAAUUCUGAGGUCAACUUAGUUAAAGAAGCCCAGAUUGUUGAACAAGCUCCAUUGCUGUGAUACAUGCUAGAGUGUGACUCAUUCAUAGGUUUGGCCACAGCAAAAUGGACAUUUCCUGUUCAUUGCAUUUCUGUUUCCAUGAGUGCCUGGUCUCUAAAUAGUUUGAGGGCCAGACAGACCCUGAAUCUUUGGGUCAGAAAGGAGAAUUGAGUGGAUUUAACUUGCUGAAAGAGUAGAAUUGAAAUCUCCGUUGGGCCUCAAGCAUCUGUAAGCAUGUCUAACCAUGCACUAAGGAGACAUACGGUGGUGCGUGUGGUUUUUGGUUAACCUGGCCCUGUUUACCCAGAGUAUUUGAGGCACAGUUUAUGAAGAAACAUAUAUUGGCACACAAAGCCCAACAUUAGAGAGCCACUCAUGUUCUUUCUUUCCUUCAAGCCUUGAAAAAAUUGAGCUGCUGACACAUUUACCCUGUGCCUUCCAACCCUUCAGAGGUCUGGGCCUGGGGGAAACAUGUCUCUUAACAGAGGACUGGAUUUGCUCAUGACAGUUGAAGAGGAUAUGUGAGUGAAAUGACUGGGUAGAGACUUUCUUCUAAGGCCUGGAUGGGACCUUCCAGUCCUUGAAGUUGCUGCCUUUAAAGUCGAGGCCCAACGUCAGCGUAAUUUCCCCUUGAGCCCCCCACCCUGAGCACAUCAAAGGUCAGCAGAACAGUGGCCUGGUCCAGAUGCUCUUGGAUCCCCUCCCCUGAGUAUCUGCCCCUGCACAACCGGGUCAACACCACGUCGCCUCAGGGCUCCCUUUCUCUUCCCUGUUGCCAUCCCCGCCUGUUUGGUGGUCAAGCCCAGUGGCUCAGAGGCGGCUUCUGCAGGGCCAGGCUACAGAAAGGUUUUAGAAACCUCACACAUGCAGCCAAGUGUUGUCUGUGUGGCCAAAAUUAAUGUUGUGGAACGUGAGGCUUUACAGAUGGAUCCUAAAAUCCGAGCGGGAGGGAGUGAGCUGUUCUAAGUUAGCAUCUAGGCAUUUGUCCUCACAUGAUUGGGCCCGUUCUCUGUGUUGUGUAUGUAAAAAUGAAGAGUGUGUGACGUGUAUUGAGGACAGGUGAACUCUUUGAAAAAGGACCCACAUGGAACUGCUUCAACCGUGUUCUCCAGCUGUGUGUGUCGUAACAACCUAUGCAAUAAAGUCACAGAAGAUGCCCCUUGGAGUGGUGUCUGUUCCCUGAGCAUUUCCCAAGGACCUUCUGGUAAUUCGCAAGCAAUGAGUCACCUUUGAUUAAAGCAAGCUGUCAUGCUGUCACUCCUAUGCAGGUUUACUCAGGAGAAAACACCAAUGAGGACAGUAGGGCUGGAUUCCAAAUAAGCGUGUAUGCAUUUGGGCUUCAAAGGACAGCUUGUAUCCAACCACUCGACAAUGUGUGGCACUUGCCUCCUGCAAAAGAGCCAGUGACGUUAGAGAGAAAACCAUUGCUAAGCUCUCAGAGACCCUCUUGCUGGCAGUCCUGGUCCAGACCCCCUUCAGAAAAGAGAAAGCCAAACACCCUCAUGCUCAGGCAGAGCGGAGAGGUGCAUAUUCAGUCCUCACUACAUUAAAGGGUCGGUUUCAUCUCUUAGCCUUACCCAAACACUAUAAAAAUGUGAAACUUUUUCUCAUAGCAUGUGCCAUAUUGUGUGCUCUGCAAUUAAUAGGCGUAUUUCUCUAUGUCAUUUUGAGAUACUGCCCCCAAACUGUGACCAAUUUGACUGAAUAUGAAUGGGUGAGGGAACGACAGCACGCAUCCAAAAUAUGGGAGACUGCUGGGUGACCUUGGACCAGUCACAGUUCUCUCAGAACUCUCUCAGCCCUACCUACCUCACAAGAUGUUUGUUGUGGGGAGAGGAAGGGAAAGGAGCUUCUAAGCCACUUUGAGACUCCUGACGGUUGAAAAAAGCGGGAUAUAAAUCUGAACACUACUUCUAAGCGCAAGGAAGAUUGCCAUCUAAAUAAUGUCCACAUGAGGAGGAGUCCUGCCCAGUGCAAUAGCUGCUUUUUGCUGAUAAUAGCAAAAUCUUAAGAUGUUCAGGAGAGUUAAAUGAAUUUAUCACCUGACAAAUCCCACUCACUGUCUGCUGCCAUUUUGUAAAUUUACAGAAGAGGAAAGGGGGUGAAGAAAGUGGAUGCCUGCAAACUUGCCUGCAAACUUGCCCUCUGGGGAAGUUAUAAAGCUUGGCCUCCCCAAAUGAAUUCUUGUGUUGGAACAAAAGAAGGAGCAGGACCCCCCCCCCUUUUAAAAACACAGGUAAGGACACACACACACCUCUUGUGGCAGCUAUCAGUACAAAUCAGCUGGGAAAACUGCUGGAAUUCAAUUAGGAAGGUGAACAGCGUGAUUUUAUGCAGAUUUCUGAGUGGAGGGCACUCAGGCCUGCCACCCGCAACACUAACGUUGUAAGGAUUUUCUGACCUGGACAACCCAGGCUUGGCUGGUCUUAGAAGCUAAGCAAGGUCAGCCAUGGUCAGUAGUUGGAUGAGAAUUCUUUUGGGAUGUUCAAAUAUAUUAAAAGUUAACCUGCUCAAAGAAUUUUAAAAGGUUGGUGAAGCAGGACUUUGCUUUGCAGAAGCCGUGCCAGUUUUUGUCCAGUUUUUGCUCCUUGAUGUGCUUAAUAAUUCUCUUUGUUAACAAUUUCUACUAAUGUACCUGAAACUGGUGUUAGGCUAAUGGUACUGUAGUUCCCUGGUUCAGCUCUGGGGUCCUUUUUAAAAAAUUACUGUAUCGUUUGCUAUGUCCCAGCUGUCAACGCCGCCCAGUUGUAGUGACAAAUUAUAUACACUGGUUAUUGGAUUGUCUGAGUUCAAGAGCCCUUGGGUGCACUGUACACCAUCUAGGCCUGCAAACUUAUUUGUUUUCUGUUUGCCUAGAACUUUAUCUCUGACCACCUCGACUCCAUUUUUCUCAAAAACUGACUCUGGUAUGGAUGUGGGCCCCACAUUUUCCACAGUGAAAACAGAUGCAACAAAUCAAUUCCAUUUCUUCCAUCUUCCUUUCUAAUUUAAUAAUUGCCUUCCUUUGUAAUCCAAAGGUACAACUUCCCAAGCUGGUGUUCUGCUCCUGGUGUUUUUGAAGAAAUACUUAUUGUUUAUCCUUUUAAUUUUUUUAGCCAAUCCUCUUGUUAAAAAUCGAUAGUUAGACUAGACUGUCUCUAAUCAGCACAUACCUGAAAAUGAUUCCUGGUCAGAGUCCUAAGGGAGAAGUUAUGCUUCAUUUCCAGUUUAUUCCACAGUUGCUUAUAAUAAAGUCUUGAGUUAUUAAA